UUCAAGCUUAAGCAAACGUUUCUCUGCAGUCUGUGUAUAUAUUUAAUAUUUAUUUUAUUAUUCAUAAAAUAAAAAGCCCAAACAUGGGCGAGGUACAGCGUUUGCUGGACGAGCUAAGUCAGACGCUCUGCAAAUUCCGGGAGAUGCGACGCGUGGCUAUGAUCAAUUUACUCAAUCAGGUGCGUUGCUGUGAGUGCGGGCACAAGAAGCGUUUGUCUGCGCCGUGCAACAGACGCCAAAGAAGCAGCAGAGGAAGAGCUGCUCAUCGAAUGUGUCCAGGUCUGCUCACUGCUUGCCUCAGUCUGAUGCUGCUGCUUACCAUCUACGGCGGGCAUCUGGCACGGCGCUAUAAUCACGUGCGUGCCUACGGCAGCAACGCCUGUGGAUCCACGUUCUUUUACACCUACACGGACUGCGAUGUGUGUGUCUAGCUGCGGCAGAGGGCGCAAGAGAGCAGGGGCAGUUUAACUCGUGAAUAUAUAUCGCAUUUAUAUUUUGAUGCGGCAUGCCA